UUACCGGUGCAUUGUGGGUAGAAAGUCCUCUUUCACCAUCGUGACUCGAGAAAGUGAACAAAAAUCGCUUUCUAAAGAUUUCUAGAGUCAUUUAAGCCGUCAAAAUGGUCUCUUCUAAGAAACAGAAAAAAGCUAUGGAGAGUAUCAACUCUCGUCUGGGUCUGGUCAUGAAGAGUGGAAAGUAUACUCUUGGUUAUAAAUCCACACUGAAGACUUUGCGUCAGGGAAAGGCUAAGCUUGUCAUCAUCUCCAAUAACACACCUCAGCUCAAGAAGAGUGAAAUAGAGUACUAUGCCAUGCUGGCCAAAACUGGUGUCCACCACUACACUGGCAAUAAUAUUGAGCUUGGUACUGCUUGUGGAAAAUACUUUCAUGUAUCUGUCCUUAGUGUUACUGACCCUGGCGACUCAGACAUCAUUCGCUCAAUGCCAUCAGAUCAGCAACCCCAGGCCUCUUAGGCUGUGAACUUAUUUCAAUAAAAUCAAAUGUAAAAAAAA